AUGCCAGACAUCGCAGAUGAUGAGCUAGUAGCGGAUGUCGAUGAACCACCGGAUCAUCGCCAUACGCAGCAACAAUCCGAUUUCCAGAAGUCUACAAUCCGAACUCAGCUGCAGCGAAAGGAGUCCCUGCUCACAAGGGCUCUAAAGACUCCCGAGCCGGAGGUCUUGAAGAAGCCAGACGUACAUAUCACCACAGAGUUGUCGCGCCGACGAUCGAUGAAUAGCAAUGCUAGUUCAGCAUCAACUGCAGAGCUCACCAGCGAUGGGGGGCAGACGAGCCCUUCCCGCACCAAUACACCUAGUCCUCCUUUGCCAACCGAGACAUUCACGAGCUUCGCCCCAUUUUCACUUGUAGCCAAGUCGAUGCUUCCUGUACUUCCAGGAACGAAUAACACAAAUAGGGAACCCAUGGUCGCUGACGACAUCAGUACAUCCCCGAAGACCCAAUCUCCUGCCGAUGUCGCCCCCAAGAAGCGUUGCAUCACUUUCGCAUGUGGCGCGCGAAGAGAGCCCGUUCCAAAGCCAGAUGCGCCUACUGCACCAGAGUCUACUGCUACUGUGGCGCCUACUACAGAGGCUCCGAAACGCCCAAGUACUAUCAAGUUCGCUUGUAUCGGUCCUAAGCCUUCGGAGAAGACCACCGAUCCUGAACCGCCCAAGACUCCGAAGACGUCUAAGCCGCUUGAAACAACGAGGAAAAGCCACAGCCGCUCUCCGUCUACGACAAGAAAAUCACCUCGCCCUAGCCUACUUUCCUCCCGGUCACACCGAGAUUCCACCUCCACCAUCAGGCGAGCUUCUCAAAGCCCGGUAGCCGUCAGAGUCAAGCCGAAGUAUAUCAUCGCGGAUGAGAAGACACUUCAGUCAUCCGAGGCUACUCGUUUCCAUGAAUUUGCUAGUGAGGAGUUGGAGGAGGAUGAUUGGAUUCGAAGAGAGUCGGAUAAUCCCGGGAAGAGGUUGACGAUCAACGAUACUUUGAAGAUGGAGAAUGACAUCCGUCGACUUGGGAAUGAGGCCGAGGAGGAGGCAUUGGAGGAGGAUGAAGAAGAAGAAGAAAUUGAGGAGGAUCAUGAUGGAAAUGACUCGGACGAUGAGAAUGCCUUCGACGAGGACGAAGAAAAUGAAGAUUCUGAUGACGACGCAUCUGACGGCAACGAGACGGACAACGAAGCUGGCUUUGCCGAUUCCGACGAGAGUGAUGUAGAGGGCGAGUUCGCCUUCUGGGCACCUGGGGGAGACAUCCGGAGUAGACAGUCAGGCGAGGCGAGCACCUAUCGACCCUCGGCUCAUAGAAGUGCCUCUGCAUCUUCAAUCGACUCGUUGGCUCGCAGGGUUCCGACUGAGGAGGAAUCUCAAAGACCACGUCGCCGCCGUCCUAUCAAAAUCCGUCCGGGAACUCCAGAUCUUCCUGACAGCAUCGACUUUGUCUGUGGCACCCUUGACGAAGAUCGUCCACUCGAGGAUGCAUAUGUUUCGUGCAUGGAGGCGAGGAAGAACGCAAGACGCAAGCAAACUCCCCAGGACAUCGAUCCUAGCUUUCCCACUUCUGAUGUUGAAGACGAAGAGGAUGAGGAUGAUAUUGUUGAGCAGCCCCAUGAUAGUGAUGAGCACGUCUGGCUGCAUGGAAAGUUCGAAGACUCAGACGAAGAACGUCAUGGCCGACGCCGCUCCACCACUUCUCGCCGCAAAUCGCCAGGGAAGUCUCCAAAACGUCUCCGUUCUCCACCUCCUCCCAGGAGAUUACAAUCUCCUCCUUCUGCCAGGACUCGUCUUCGCUCACCCCCACCUCGAAAGCUCUUUGGUAACUCGCCAAAGCGAAUACGUUCUCCACCACCUGCACGCAUGAUGCGUUCACCACACGAAGCAUCGCCAACAGCUCAUGCUUCUAUCGGCUUCGCACCCCUUGGACCCCGCCCUGGUCUCACCCACACCAAAUCACUUCCUCGUACACCGAAUGCCUUUUGUCGUCAAUACAAGGCUUCCCGCAUAAUUGCCGCUAAUGGCAAUGCUGGGGAUGAUGCUACUGAUGGUCAUGUCCGAGGCGCCAUCGACAUAGUCAAAGGGCUCGAGCAGAAACGACAACGCCGCAAAGAGAAGUUUUACCAGAAACAGAACAACCGCAAGGGCAAAUGCCAGACUGAACGCAAACCUCUACCCGGGAGAGGUGCCGAGCGAAUGAGAGAGUUAGGACUACUUAUGGCCGGCAAGACCGGUGCUAAUGAUCCUUACAUGCUGUCCGCGUAG